GUCUAAGUUGAAAGCAAUAUCUGAAUCUGCCUGACAAUAGAUAAAGAAAUAGUAAUAGAUAAAGAAAUAGUCUGUAGGACUAUUAGAAUGAAUACAAUACAAAAAUAUAUAAUUGAUCUGAAGCCAUUUAAUUAUGAAAUAAACUACAUUAUUACCAGUUUACCAAAUUGACUUGACUGAUUGGUUGUUGGGAUAACGUGGGAUCAAGUGAUAAAGUGAUAAAGUGAAGUAAAGAAAAUUGACCCUCUACAUAGACACUACCAUAUAUCUUGUAGAUAUCUCGGCAGCGUAUUACAUAGACAACAUCAAAACACGUUCUUCACAUUCUAAUGAUACUUUGAGUUUAUUUUUGUGAAUGUGCGUGUGAAUAGAAACAACUAAUGAAGGGGUGGAUGUUAAGAAAUGUACAUUCCUCUACAUUGCACUUAUUUUAGGAAGGAAAGGACUUCAAGGUGUGUGCUAGUGCUAUUAUUACUCUUAGACAAGUAGCAUGAAGAUUGGAAUGGAGGAAGUUCAGUGAAGGCAAAUUAAAAGAACACUCCUGCAAGCAGCGACUCAAUUGAAUUGAUUUGGUGCCAUUCAUCUCCAUUCAGAGCAGAGUGUGUUGUCUGCUCAUAUGUGCCAGAACGUCAGUGGGUCAUUGCCUUUAGAGAAUCACUGCCCUGCACCGUGUUAGGUGAUGAUGUUUAUUGCUCAUCCAACAGGCCAGUACUGUAUGCCUGAGGAGGGGGUAAAGCUCACACCUCGCUCACAGCUUCUUAGCACCGAGGAAGUUCUGACCCUGGCCAGACUCUUCGUUCAGGAGGGAGUGGACAAGAUCCGUUUGACAGGGGGAGAGCCUCUCAUCAGACCGGAUGUAUUGCAUAUCAUUGCUGGAAUGCGGAAAUUGGAGGGUUUGAAAACCAUCGCCAUGACGACUAAUGGGAUGAAUCUGCCUCGCUUCCUCCCGGGUCUCCAGGAGGCUGGACUAGAUCUACUCAACAUUAGCCUAGACUCUUUGGUGCCCGUCAAGUUUGAGUUCAUCGUCAGACGGAAAGGGUUCCACAAAGUCAUGGAGGGCAUCAAUAAAGCCAUUGAGAUGGGCUACAGCCCAGUCAAGGUGAACUGUGUGGUGAUGCGGGGGCUGAAUGAGGAUGAGCUUCUCGACUUUGUGGCUCUGACCGAGAAGAAGCCCCUGGAAGUGCGCUUCAUUGAGUACAUGCCCUUUGACGGGAACAGGUGGAACUUCAAGAAGAUGGUGAGCUACCAAGAAAUGUUGGACCACAUCAAGCAGGAAUGGCCCAACCUGGAGCGUGUGGCAGGUGCAGAGGCUGACACCGCCAAGAUCUACAAAGUUCCAGGCUUCAAGGGCCAAGUGGGUUUCAUUACUUCUAUGUCAGAACACUUCUGUGGCUCCUGCAACCGCCUACGCAUCACAGCAGAUGGCAACCUUAAGGUGUGUUUGUUUGGGAACUCCGAGGUGUCCCUAAGAGACAGCCUUCGCUCUGGAGCUACUGAUGAGGAGCUGCUGCAGAUCAUUUCAGCUGCUGUGGGCCGGAAGAAGAAGCAACAUGCAGGCAUGUUCAGUAUCUCUCAGAUGAAGAACAGACCCAUGAUCCUCAUUGGUGGAUUACCCAGAGUGCUGUUGGGGCCCAGGAGGAACAUUGAUUCUGUUCCGACUCAUCUUCAUUUAGCAGAGUCCACCGUCCUCACAUCAGUCUUAACAGGACUGCGUCGCACAGACACUCAAGAUGCAGAUCAACACCUGCUUGCAGGCACAAAAGCAGCAGAAACACAUAGAUUAGUUUUGGCCCAUGGAAAUUGUGAGGUCAUUCCAAAGAGAGACAUUGUUGAAGCCUGUAAUAUUUCAAGAAAUAAUGAAGUCGCAACAGGUCGUCUCAGGUUUUCAAAAAAUCGAAAAAUAAACACGCACAAUCUGCGUGGCCAUAAUGGCCACACUGCACUAAGGGCUACUCAUGUUUUGCACCAAAUCUCUACAAGUCUCCCUGUAGCCCCCCUCAAUGCACAGGGCAGUUUUGUCAAGCAGCCACUACCACUAUUACAAAGAAUGCAUCAGAUAAACACUUCAUCAGCCCACAGCCCCCCCACAUCUGAUGCCCUGACUCACACUGACACACACGGGCGUGCCUCUAUGGUGGACGUGAGCGAGAAGGGCACGACGCAGCGUUCAGCCACAGCCAGUGCCACCGUCCACCUGGGAGCCCGAGCCUUCAGCUUGGUGCGUGACAACCAGCUGGCCAAGGGUGAUGCAUUGAGUGUGGCACGGCUGGCCGGCAUCAUGGCAGCCAAGCAGACCGCUGCGCUCAUCCCCCUGUGCCACCCUCUGCCACUGGACCAUAUAGCGGUUUCUGUGGAGCUCCACGAGGAGGGGCAUGCUGCGGUCGUCACGGCCACCUGCCGGAGCAGCGGCCGCACGGGUGUGGAGAUGGAGGCGCUGACGGCUGUCACCGUGGCAUCGCUGGCUCUUUAUGACAUGUGCAAGGCUGUCAGUCGUGACCUCAUCAUCACCGACGUCAAGCUGCUCGCCAAGACAGGCGGUCAGAGAGGAGACUACCAACGACCUCAAAUCUGAGCCCAUGCACUUCCACACCCACCACAUGACCCCAUCACACCACACCACAUGACCCCAUCACACCCACCACAUGACCCUAUCACACCCCAUCACAUGACCCCACCACACCACACCGCAGUAGAGGUCACUUCCUUUGCCAUCGGUCUUCAGUGCACAAACAUCCAGUUCAGACUCAAUAUGUGCAGGUAUUCCCUAGAGGUCAACAACAAAGAAUGAGUUGAUAUAGGUUUGAUAAGCUGUCAUAAAUACCAAUGCUCACCGAUGAAGAUCCAGGGCAGGGCAUGGCUGUUGUGAACAUUUAGUACAAGUUACACCAGACAGAAAACACAAUUUUUUCAUUAUACUUCCAAUGACUUUCUGCCCAUAGUGGAUUUUUCUGUCUUCAUUGUCAUAGUGAUCAUCAUUACUGGUUUUACUCAAACACUGCAGUAUCCCUGAUGUGGUACAAGAUGAUGUGAUUGUUAUGUCAAAUUAUAUUAAAGAUAUAUAUAAUUAUAUUAAAGAUUAUUAAAGAUAUUACAUAUUUA